CCAGCCUCCGUAUAGAAGCAGGCAUUCAUCUGCUCUCAGAAAGUCUCUGCAGCAACCAUGGCCACCUUCGUGGAACUCAGUACCAAAGCCAAGAUGCCCAUCGUGGGCCUGGGCACCUGGAAGUCUCCACCAGGCAAAGUCAAGGAAGCUGUGAAGGCUGCCAUUGAUGCUGGGUACCGCCACAUUGACUGCGCCUAUGCCUAUCAGAAUGAGAAUGAAGUGGGGGAAGCCAUCCAAGAGAAGAUCAAGGAGAAGGCCGUGAAGCGGGAGGACCUCUUCAUUGUCAGCAAGCUGUGGCCCACCUUCUUCGAGAAAAGCCUGGUGAAGAAAGCCUUUCAGAAAACCCUCACGGAUCUGAAGCUGGACUACCUGGACCUGUAUCUAAUUCACUGGCCACAGGGAUUCCAGGCUGGAAAUGAAUUUUUACCAAGAGACGAAAAAGGCAACAUUCUCGUCAGUAAAGCAACAUUCUUGGAUGCUUGGGAGGCCAUGGAGGAACUGGUGGACCAGGGGCUGGUGAAAGCCCUGGGCAUCUCCAACUUCAACCACUUGCAGAUUGAGAGGCUCCUGAACAAGCCUGGACUGAAACAUAAGCCAGUGACCAAUCAGAUUGAGUGCCACCCAUAUCUCACCCAGGAGAAACUGAUCCAGUACUGUCACUCCAAGGGCAUUGGCAUCACGGCCUACAGCCCUCUGGGUUCCCCAGACAGACCAGAUGCCAAGCCAGAAGACCCUGUAGUACUGGAGAUUCCCAAGAUUAAGGAGAUUGCUGCAAAGCACAAGAAAACUGCAGCCCAGGUUCUGAUUCGGUUCCACAUCCAAAGGAAUGUGGUGGUGAUCCCCAAGUCUGUGACACCCUCCCGCAUACAAGAGAACAUUCAGGUCUUUGACUUCCAGCUGAGUGAUGAGGAGAUGGCCACCAUUCUCAGCUUCAACAGAAACUGGAGGGCCUGCGGCCUGUUUAUGGCAAGUCAUCUCGAGGACUUCCCUUUCCACGCCGAAUACUGAAACUGAGACACCUGAUGAGCUUGCCCAGUUGCCCUCUUCACGAUGUGCCGUCCACUUCUCAGGACUCCUAUCGUUGCCAAGCCUACCAGAUACCACACCGAGCUAGCCACGAGAAGAGAAUUCUGCUUUUAAACCUCAUGUUGAUCUAGAAGCAGCCUGUCACAGAGGAUGCUUACUCAGCGAAGGACAAUGGUUUUCUCUAAUUAGAUCCGGUCAAAUGUUUGUCUUACCCCAGUGGUAAUUCUGAGGAUUUAAAGAUCAAACGUAUAAUACAAAUGACAAUCACCACACACAUUUUCAACAGUCAGAAGAGCUUUCUGAACUUUGUGGGUCCAACUUUCACCAUUCAUAUUUUGUAGAAGAGGAAAUGAAGCCAAGAACUUGCUGAGGGCCCCAGGUAGAAAGAGGCUGAAGGAUGUUUCAAAGGAAGGGUGCUCUUUGGGAGAGCUCAAGACAGUUCGCUGCCUUCCUCUUCCAAGUCUUCUCCUCCUGGCCAUACCUGGCUCUUUACCAAAAGACUUUGUUGACUCUCUUCUUCUUGCUCUUCCCUCUGAUAUGCCAUCAUGACGAAGGGUCAAUGCCGAUGGUGGAAGAGCCCUUAAAAUUCACACAAUGCCACUAUUCAGAGAGAGAGAGAGAGAGAGAGAGAGAGAGAGAGAGAGAGAGAGAAUGGCAACUACAGGAUCUAGAACAAAUGCAGAGACAAACAUCUGGCACACCUGUGAGGAGUUAUCUAGAGUAGGUUAAUUAGGGUGGGAGACACACUCUAACUUUGGACGGCAUCAUUUGAUGGGUUGGGGCCCUAGCUAGCUGAGUACAAACAUUCCUUUCUCUCUGCUCCUUGAGUUUGGAUGCAAUGUGAUCGGCUACCUCACAUUCCUCCUCAUGUCUUCCCAUCAUGGAGGACUGUAUACCUACAAACUGUGAGCCAAAAUAAGCCCUUCUUCUUUGAAGUUGUUUCGGCCAGAUAUUUUGUUUUAGCAAUAAAAAAGUUAUAAAACAUAAAA